CACUCUUUGCGCACCAGCUCGCCGUGGCGCACAGCAACGCGAGGCUUCCUCCACAGCCGCGACUAUUCGCCAUGUAAGCUGCUCUGUAUUUCUCUCUAACGCAGUUUCUUUUUGCCGUUCUGAGUGGGGGGAACCGGAGACUCUCUGUGGGACAAGAAAGCGCUUCACGAUGGCUGCGCGCAACUUUGGCACCGUCUUUUACGCAUGUGCGCACGUCUGUUUGCUGGGCUGCGUGCUCCAGAGCGCGCAGUCCCAGCGCGAGCCGAGGCCAGCGAGCAACAACGCGGCCCUCAGACGGACCAUCCAGUGGCAGCACAAUGGGAAGCUCUUCAGCCUGCUGAGCCAGGGAUCAGAGUACCAGCCGCCGCUGAGGAGGGACGCAGAAGGCGAGCAAGCCGAGGCCAGGAGACCGGUCGCCGUCAUCAGCAGGCCCUCGAGGGUCGGCGGUGACCCGUCCGGUUCUUCCCAGCAUGCACGAGGCCGCGGGGGAGCUCGCGCGCGCUCCCGCAGUGGCGCUCGAGAACGCGCCACGGGAGAGCCAAGGCGCACGAAUGGCACCGAGUGGGAAAACAAGCGCAACGAGAGCGCGCCGGAGGAUGCCAUGGUGGGGGACGACCCUUACAACCCGUACAAGUCCACUGACCCGGACAACCCUUACUACAACUAUUACGACACGUACGAGAGACCGAGCCCGAGACAAAGACCCGGAUACGGAACAAGGUACUUUCAGUACGGUUUGCCUGACCUUGUGGCGGAUCCUUACUACAUUCAGGCCUCCACCUACGUCCAGAGGGUUCCGAUGUACAACCUGAGAUGUGCUGCGGAAGAAAACUGCCUCGCAAGUUCGGCUUACAGGUCGAGCGUGAGAGACUACGACACACGCAUGCUGCUGCGCUUCCCUCAGAGGGUGAAGAACCAGGGCACAUCUGACUUUCUGCCCAGCCGGCCACGCUACGCCUGGGAGUGGCACAGCUGCCAUCAGCAUUACCACAGCAUGGACGAGUUCAGCCAUUAUGAUCUACUGGAUGCCAGCACCCAGAGACGCGUGGCUGAGGGCCACAAGGCCAGUUUCUGCCUAGAAGACACUUCCUGUGACUACGGCUACUACCGGCGCUUUGCUUGUACCGCUCACACGCAGGGUCUGAGUCCAGGAUGUUACGACACUUACAAUGCCGACAUCGACUGCCAGUGGAUAGACAUCACUGACGUGAAGCCUGGAAACUACAUCCUUAAGAUCAGUGUUAACCCAAGUUACCAGGUGCAAGAGUCUGACUACAGCAACAAUGUUGUGCGGUGUGACAUUCGCUACACCGGCAAUUACGCCUACGCAUCAGGAUGUCACGUCUCAUCGUAUUGAAGUGUGUUCAGAUCUUCUUCAGGACCAUGGGAGACCAUUCAGCUACCAAGAGCUUUAAUGUGAGCCAACAGGAAAACCAACCUGGAAAUAUAUUUACGUUGUAAGAAUGAAUAAAGUAGAAGGACCAUCGAUAUAUAUAUUUCUGAGAGACAGUUAUGUCAGGAGCAAUGAAACUUUGACUCUAAUUAUUCCGUAAAUAUUCAGAGAUGAAGCUUAAGUACAGUUCUGUAGUGCAAAAUUUAGUUUAAUUCCUUUUUUUAUUCAUUUUGACAUAUUAUUGUUGAAUUACUUGAUAUUUCAUGUUGGAAAAUGGUUAAUAAUGAACAAAAAAUGUUUACAAAAAAAAAAGAGAGUAUGUUAGAUUACCUUCCUGCUGAAGAUAAAAUGGUUAAUCUGGUGAAAAGCGUCACUGACCAGGAAGAUGCCGUCUGUUCAUCAAUCUGACCAUAUUUGCCUCAGCUCGCAACUCAAACCUUCAUGUUGGUGUGGUUUUAGAAGCUCCAGCUGCUCCAAGCUGGAACCAGCUAGGAGUUACAUGCUCUAGUGUGCUACAAUGAUGAUAUCUAUGUCACUAUAUUUGUGUAUUCUGAGUAGAUAUUUAACAAAAGCUCAUAUUACUGCAACACUUUUGUAUGUAUUAUGUGAAAAUGACUUGAAUAAAUCACGUUUCAUUCACUCA